GGCUUCUGAACUUGUUUUCCUCGCUAGCUCGUAGGACGGUCUUUAGUCGGGAACGUUUUCAGUGCUUCCCCGCCGUUGGGGCUCUGUGGAUGGUGGAUGUUACGCUUGGGUCGGUGUUCCCCCUCUCUGAGUCUCUUGCUUUAUGUACAGUUACUCUAAGCUUUCUACAGCUGCAACAGUGAGCUCACGUAAAAAUAAAAUGUCCCAGACCAAGUUAUGGGAAAUCGAAGGUCAAACACGUUCUCUGCUUUGGCAGGAGGGAGGCCCAGGUUAUAACGCCUUUUAUCGUGCCCCGGCGGUGUGCCUUACCUAGGUCAUUUAUUCACACUGGUGAGCAGGACAGAGUUGUUAAAAGCAGCUGCAUCAGGAUAUGUAACAUUCUUGGAGGAGGGGACACAGGUUCGAGCCCUGGUCUGGGAAGAUCCCACAUGGCGCGGAGUGACUGGGCCCGUGAGCCACAACUACUGAGCCUGCGCGUCUGGAGCGCAACAAGAGAGGCCACGAUGGGCUUUGGAGUCACUUGCUAGGAGGCUUCUCUCCCCGCCCCCCAGGCCGCCAUGGCUGCUCGGCUGGUGAAGCGAUGCACGUGCCUCCUGAGGGACGCCACCCGUCUGGCCCCUGCCGUGUCCCCGGUUGGCCAGCUCAGACUCGCCCGGGGAGCCCAGAAGCUUCUGACUUCCUCGGCUACCUCAUCCAGCUCCCGCCUCCCAGGUCCUUUGUCAGAGCUUGUGGAGAAGGAACAGGUGUUUACUCCCUACCCUGAGCGCCAGGAGGUGGACCAGCUCAUCGAGAAGGCCACCAGGCCAGAGGAGCUCCUGGAGCUUCUGGGUGGCGGUCACUGUCUGCACCAGAACCACGCCGCCCUCACGCUCAUCCAGCUCUCUCGCCUGCUGUCUGAGAAGCCGAAAGACAAAGCCUUGCUUAUACAGGAUGCCCGCUUUCAGCAACUUCUCCAUCUUGUCAACAGCCAGAUAACUGCAGUCUGGCAUGGGACCCUCGUGAAGCUGCUCCGGAGCCUCUAUGCACUGGGACUUCCCGCCACCUCCAAGGAGCUGCGAUCGGUGGAGCAGGAGGUACGCUGGCGCAUGCGCAGGCUGAAGUACAAGCACCUGGCCUUCCUGGCCGAGUCCAGCGCCACCUACAUGCAGGAGCAGGGCUCCCGGGAGCUGCUGGCUGAGCUGCUUGUGCACCUGGAGCGGCGCUGGGCAGAAAUCGAUGACAGCCGCAUGGUGGUGGCCAUGAUGAUGAAGACGGGGCUCCUCUCCGAGUCUCUGAUGACCCGCCUGGAGGACAAGUGCCUGGAGCUGGUGGAGCAGUUUGGCCCUGAGGAGCUGCGGAAGGUGCUGGUGACAUUGGCAGCUCAGAAGCGGCGGUCGGUGCCCUUGCUGCGGGCCAUCUCUUACCACCUGGUCCAGAAGCCCUUCCCCCUGACGAAAGGCAUCCUCCUGGACCUGGCCUACGCCUAUGGCAAACUCGGCUUCCACCAGACGCAGGUGUUCCAGCGCUUGGCUGCAGACCUGUUGCCCCACACUCCUAGCCUGACGUCCAGCGAGGUGGCCCGCUGCACCAAGUCCUUUGCCUUCCUUAAGUGGCUCAAUCUGCCCCUGUUUGAGGCCUUUGCCCAGCACGUCCUGGACAGAGCCCAGAGCGUCACUCUGCCACACCUGUACAACAUGCUCCUGGCUUUCGCCCGUGUGAACUUCCACCCAGAACGGGAGGACCUGUUCUUCAGCCUGGUGCAUGAGAAGCUGGGGUCAGAGCUGGCAGGCCUGGAACCAGCCGGGCAGGUGGACGUGGUGUGGGCCCUGUGUGUGCUGCAGCAGGCGCUGGAGGCCGAGCUGCAAGCUGUGCUCCACCCUGAGUUUCACACCCAGUUUCUAGGUGGCGAGUCCCCAAAGGAUCAAAGCACCUUCCAGAAGCUGCUCCAUAUCAAUGCCACUGCCCAGCUGGAGCACCCCGAGUACACGGGCCCCCUUUUGCCAGCCUCAGCCUUGGUCCCCAGGCCCUCGGCCCUUGACAGGAAGGUGACCCCCUUGCAGAAGGAGCUGCAGGAGACGCUGAAGGGGCUGCUGGGGAGUGCCGACAAGGGCAGCUUCAUGGUGGCCACGCAGUAUGGCUGGGUUCUGGAUGCUGAGGUGCUGCUGGACACCGACAGCCAGCUCCUGCCCCUGAGGGCCUUUGUGGCCCCUCAUCUCUCCCUGCCCUCUGGCAGCCAGCCACUACCCCCGGGGGCCAAGAGGCUGGCCUUCCUGCGCUGGGAGUUCCCCAACUUCAACAGCCGAAGCAAAGACUUACUGGGGCGCUUCGUGAUGGCCCGGCGCCACCUGCUGGCCGCCGGCUUCCUGCUGGUCGAUGUCCCAUACUAUGAGUGGCUGGAACUCAAGUCUGAAUGGCAGAAGAGCGCCUACCUCAAGGACAAGAUGCGCAAAGCAGUGGCGGAGGAGCUGGCCAAGUAACCUGUCCCGUAGCAAGGACUCUGUGCCCAGGGGGCCAGACUCCCCUGGAGGCCUAGCCACGAGCAGUGGGUGGGCCAGAGGUGGCACGCUCGAGGACAAACCUCAGUGCGGGACCUUGGCCGGAAGUGGGCUGGUGGCCAGCAUCUCUGAGUGGCAGGUCGUUCUUUCAUGGGUAAUAAAUCUUUAAUCAGC